UCACACGUCGCCGAACCGCUUCCACGAGCCGCUCGCCUCUCCCCCCUCGUCGGUUUUCGAACCAUCUAGAAGCAUCGCCGCGACUCGCCAUCUCCUCUAGAGGCUAGGGCACCGGACUUUCUUCUCGGCGGCCGAGCUCGUCGGCUCAGGCGGCCGGGAUGGACUGGAGCUCCGUGACGGCGGAGGAUCUGGUGGACGCGCUGCGGGAGGUGGACUGGUCGACGCCGCCGCGGCCCGUCUCCGAGUUCUUCUCCCGCUUCACCGCCCCACGAUCCUACUCCAAGUGGACCAGCCGCCUCAAGUGCAACCUCUACUACUACAGGACGAACUACUUCAUCUUGAUCAUGUUUAUUCUUGGAAUGGGAUUUCUCCGGAGACCAGUUUCCAUCCUUGCAGCUUUUUCAACAGGCCUAAGCAUUGCAUUUCUCAAUGACAGUUUUGCAGUUACAUUCAAUGAGAAAGUCACAAGGACUGUCAGAAAAUUUUCACCACAUUUGGCAGCAAAGAUGAGGCCACCGUUAAGACCUGUAAUUCGCGGCCGACCAAGCACAAAAAAGUCAAUCCAUAUUUGUGGCCGGCCUCGAUGGGUUUUUGUUCUAUUUUUUUCUAUAGUAAGCUGCAUCCUCUGGAUGACCUCUUGUAGCCUCCUCACGGUUCUGUGGGCACUACUUAUUGGUCUGCUUGCAACCGUGCUUCACGCCAGUUUCAGAACACCUAAUCUAAAAGCACGGCUGAACACAUUCAGGGAAGAAUUUCGAGCAGUAUGGCGGAAUUAUAGCGAGUUCUAAAUGUCCUUUUUGUCUAUUCCCUUGCGCCAUUGCAGAGCUGGUUAUUGGAUAUCUCUGUGUUGGCGCGAUGUGGAAGGACCUACUUCGGUGUGCUAUCUCUGUGUUGGCCCGAUGUGGAAGGACCAACUUCAGCGUGCUUUUGUAAUUCUUGAUUUUUCUCUGCAGAUUUACUUGAUAAAAAAUGUUACCAAGUUCCAUAUCUCAGCUGCCUCUUGCAACUCUUUAAUUGUGGGAGAAACAUGGCAUGCUAGUUUUCUCCACUUUAUGAAUUUGGAUUUAGAUUGUGGAUUAUCCUAGUUUCAACUGGACCUCCAUAGUUUUAGCUCCUGGUCCAAAACUCUUGUAUUUGGUACAUUAGGGAAGAAGCAGCCUGUAAGAGUUGUACACAGCUCUCAUGAAGCGAAAAGAAAAGGAAGUUUGUGAAACGUCUGC